CGCCGGGAUACGCCGCUAGUGCGCGCAUUCGGUCUAGUUUCCGAAGGCCACGGUUGUAAGUUUCACAGUCGAUCAGCUGAUUCGAGAGAUAUUUACAACAGGAGCCGGUUUGGGAAGCGUUUCAAGCAAUAGCGAUCGGCGCUCUCUCUCUCUUUCUCUCUGUAUAUAUAUAAAAGAAAAAAGUCGCUUUGUGUGUGUAUUCGACUGCAAAUCUUUGCCAGACACUGUUGUGGCAUCGUGGAUUAAGCUUACCGGCUUAUUAAUAAUAUAUUUAGUAUUGUUCUUCUUCUUAUUCAUGUUUGGGAUGAAUAAAUAUUCUUCGGGCGCUGGAAAAAGUUUACUCUAGGAUUCGAACUCGAUGAAUGGCGACGAAAAAAACAGAGGAAGUGGCUGAGUUGAAUCAGCCCCCGAGGAUUUCCCAUGACCCCCGGCGAAAUCCUGGGAGUCGGAUGGAUACCCAGAGAGACGGCGGCGGUCCCGUGGGUGCGGCGGAGGUGGGCGUGGUCCAGGGAGUUGAGGGGCUGAUGGACACGGAGGAUACGGACCUCCCACGGACACGUAAUCUAAGGACAAGAUCUAAAAGAAAGCUUGUUCCGGACAAGGUGCAUCAGAAACGGCAGGUACUACAGGACAUGGCGCGACCCCUCAAACAGUGGCUCUAUCACCAUAGAGACAACCCGUAUCCAACCAAAUCACAGAAGAUGACACUGGCGACGGGAAGUCGCAUGUCAUUGGUCCAGGUCUCGAACUGGUUCGCCAAUGCCAGGCGUCGUCUCAAAAACACGGUGCGGUCGCCGGACGUGACGUGGGCGCAGCGGAUCAAGUUGUACAACAAUUUCGUUGACGGCAACGCCGAGCUGUUCAGCGUCAGCUCCAACGACUCAAUUUGGGAUUGUGACGACGACAGCUGCAACGGUGACCAGACCCCUCCUACAUUCCCGAAUGACCAAUCAGAAAUGAUCUCAGCCAACCAAUCAGCUUCUUCGGACGACAUAGUGCCUUCUCGAGCUAACAGCCCUUCUCUCUCAGGACAAAAUACUAUGUUCACGUUUAAUGUCCCCGAUGAAUACAGUUCUCAUUUGAAAUUCAAAAACACUAUACUGCAGAGAUAUUUAAACGAUCAUUAUCAACAUUCGGUGGACUUAGAGGAACGGAGUGUACCUACAACCCGUUCCCGGAAGCCGUCUGGAUCUCUGGGGUCACGUGACUACGAGGAGAUGUCUACGUCAUCAAAUUCGUCGCCGCUUGAGAGGCAGAGGGAAUUUUUUGAUGAGUUUGACGUAGACGUUGGUGCUCGAAGGAGGCGGAGUAUGGCAAUAAGCAAACAAGAAGAUGAUGAUGAAAUGUACUGGAAGAAGAUCGACGCCGCUCUAGCACUUACAAAUCUCGCGAGAUCUAGCCAGAACUCGUGAGAGGUUAUAUAGGGACUGGCGGCCAUAUUGUUUUUGCUAGACACUUCCUCUUCCUCCUGUUUCUCUUACUCUUCAAAUCAUGACAUUGCUCUUUCCUUCAUCUCAUUGUUUUUAAUCUUUAGAGAACGAUGGCGACUUUUCAACUCCUUGUUAUUCUUGUAUCACUAACUUGUGUAUAUGUUUUUAAACUGGGACUCGGAUUGGUGGAUUGGUGUCACGUGACGUGCACUUUACGCAGAAGGACGUAUUAAAAAAUAUAUAUAUAAUGACAGUGCUUCAGAAACAUGUUUGUGUAUUAUUGUUGCAUGACGUCACCAAUGACGUCAUCGAUUUAUGUGUACAUUGUUGUGAAUGUCAAUAUCACUAGAGUGUAAUUCUAGCUACUCUAUUUGGUAUUCGCGUCAAUUUAUUUUUAGCAUUUGUUCAUUUCUAUGAAACUGACCUCAUAACUAAAUAAUUGUUAAACUCUUGGAUAAGAAGUAAAAAUAACAUCUAUUUGUUGUUAA